UACGCUUUCAUACCGGAAGUAGCACAUGUUAUAACCCUAAACAAACUCGAAGUUGGAUGGGGAAAUGCGAUGUUGUCAAUAUUGGUUCAUGCACAAUCUGUACGAUGGCUUUUUCCCGCGGCUGCAAUGCUCAGUGCAGCUCCCAUACAUAUCACAGUUUGGACCGCCGUGCGGUUGCUGACUUUGCCGUUACCCCGGAGGGUUUAUAGAGCUUUGGAUGAUUCCCUAUACUCUACUUACCAAAGAUAUGUCUUGUUCUUUAUGCGUUGUUAUACUGGUGCAGAGAUAUACACUUAUGGUGAUACAGAUGAUGCAGCUGAUCACAAAGAAAAUGCAGUUUUCAUCUGCAAUCACCAGUCAACCAUGGAUUGGGUGGUUGCCAACAUGGUUGCCUUACAACACAAAUCUCUUGGACAUGUUAGAUAUGUGAUAAAAGAUGGACUGAAAUAUUUCCCACUCUAUGGGUUUUAUUUUAAGCAACAUGAUUGUAUAUUUGUUAGAAGAGGGAAUUUUAGUAAAGAAUCCAUGGAGAAACAGGUGAAGAGGAUAGCAAAGAGAAAGGAACCGGUAUGGAUGAUAAUUUUCCCUGAAGGAACAAGGUUUAACCCAAUGAACAAAGAAUCCAUAAAGAAGUCGAGAACAUUGGCAGAAAAGAAAGGUGUGGUUCCAAUGGAGCAUGUCCUUCCACCAAAGAUGGGAGCAAUGCAUGUUUGUCUAGAACAGCUGAGGGGUCAUGCUACAGUUAUCUAUGAUGUCACGAUUGCCUUCAGUAACACCACGACGGGGUCAGGACAGAGGACAGAGUCCCCCGGGAUGCCAGAAUUUCUGAUGCAAGCUUCCCCUGAGAUCCAUCUGAAUGUAGAGAAAAUAAAGAUAACAGAUGUCCCGACUGACGGGGACCAGUUACAGGCCUGGUUAGAUCAACAAUUCCAGAAGAAAGACAGAUUGCUGUCUCAUUUCUACUCUUUGGACAAAGACAAAGCUGGCAAGUUUCCAGGAAAGAAGAAUCAUCUGCAGAUCACCCUUGCACAGACUGUGCCAGCAGCCAUCUUUUAUAAUGGCUGCCUGUGCUUGAUGCUGACAACUCCCGCGACUCGUUCAUUAUACUGGAAAAUCUCCCUGUUUGGAACUGUGUUAGGAUGUGUCUGGAUGUCAUUCAGAUCCCAAGCAUAGACUUUGUCGAGUGUGUGUAAAAGCAGAUGUGUGAUAUUUACUUUUUCCUGAUUAACUCCCAUCGAUUUGCUACAAGUUUUAUUUGGAAUGAAUGUGUUUUUUAAAGUAUGAUUUUUUACAAAGUAUAUUUGUCAUAACGUUUGCUGUAAACUUGAAGAUACUUUUUUUCUUAAUAUGAUCAGCAACUUACAAAAUAUAUUGCAACUGCUUGUGUUCAGUUAAAGUGAUAUUAAGGUUUAUUUUGGAAAUUUGAAGAAAUUUUAUUCUACUACCUCUUUCUUCACUAUGAUCUGUUUUUGGCCUUGUUAUAAAUCUGUAACAUCUUCCAGACAUUUGGACUGCUUCUUUUGUGUUUUGCUGUGUUUGCCUGCGCUAGAUUUACACCAUUUGCAUUUUUAUUCUGUGAAACAGACUAACAGUACAUGUUUUUGUUAUGUAUUUUUAAAAUUUUUAUAUCCGUCUGGUUAGGAUUCAUACAUGCAGCUUUUGAUUUAAAAUAGGCUUUAAUUUUGUAUCAGAUACAUUUAGUGAAUACAUAGAAAUGAAAGUAGUAAUUUGAUUAUCACUUACUGUGAUAACCAGUAAAAGAUUUGCUAUGUAUGUUUUUUCUUUGUAUGGAGUUUACAAAAGAUAAAGAUCUUGUUUAAUUCAUA